AUUACACUGACAAACAACUUCUUAAUUUCACCAAGGUAUGUAUCAGCGACGCCAUGUGAAGUAUCCCUUCUCCAGCACGCCAGUCCUGCCUGUAAAGUGUCGAGAAAUGCUGCCUUAAAUCAGAACAAGAAGAUCUGGACCUUGAAACAUGAUCCAGAUUUACAUGGCUUUGCCUUACUGAACAUGACCUCUGAGCAGCUGGGAGCUAUUGCUGUGCAAGAUCCCUUUAUAAGAUACUACGCUUCGGCAUAUCUUCAAACCACGGAAGCAAGUAGGAAAUCCGCUGCCUUGUACAGAAAUAUAACCGCUGGUCAGGAAAUCACGGAACUAUCAGAAUAUCUGAAGUUGUCAGAGUUUUUUCAGUCGGCUCUAGAACCUGCAAUUGGCGUAAGUAUAUUGUUUUGUUAUUCAAAGACCGAGUUCAACUGCAUAAAACCUUAAGUCAGAUUCCGAUUCCUGUGUAUUUUUACUUCCGCUUCCUUUCGAAUUGAAAUUUUGGUUAUUCGAAUUCGAAUAUGUGACGUGACUUUAAGUUCAAAUUAAAGGUUUCAUUUGGAAUUUUGUGGGAGAUUAUGGUUGCAUUGUUGAUGAUUAAGUAGCUUAUUAGAGUGGAGAAGGUAAAUUGAAGUUCAAAUCAUGUAAUUUGCAUUUCAGUUGGAAUGGUGAUUUGAACUUCAACAUCCGCGAUGUCGAGUUUUCCCUUUAUAGUUUCAACUUGUUCAAAGUAGUAACUUCAAGUUCGAAUGAUGCUAUUUCGACUGCGUUCAUUGCGAUUUCAAAUUCAUAUGACGAGAUUUCGACAUGGAUAUUCUAAUUUUUGAACUUCAAAUUGUAUUUUAUUUUCAAUUAUUUUUGUCCGCAAAUGUACGCCAUAGAAAACUGAAAUCCACUUUUAAAUGAGUUUCCUAAGUUUCUUUCUUAACCUUGAAUUACAAAAUUAGAGCGGUUUACUAAAUGAUGUCCCCGUCUAUUUACGGAUGAGAAAUAGGAAAGGCUUGUUUUUUUUUUGUUUUUUUUUUUGUUUUUCUUUCUAUUACAAAGUAAACGUCGAUCUAUUAUUAUAACAUACGUCUGGUAGCGUCGCGAAAUGUCGGCUGUUUUCCUGGUGCUAUUUUUUCUCGUACAAGUACCGGGUGGAAAUUUUGUCUCUUCUUCAUGCUUGACAUUUUUUUGUUUAUCUCAGUUUCUACACUGGUGUACUUAAAUCCCAAUGAAACUUGCAAAGCAAGAUAACGUGUCGGAUAAUUCAAAAGAUUUAAAAUAGACGCCUACAGUAGCCGUACAUUGGGCUACACUUUGUAGUCGUCUAAUAUAUUUUGGAAGGUAUUAUGCUUAUCUCACUUUUUGCAUGCUGAGUGCAUAACUACUCCUAUCCCUCCUCCCUGAUUAUCCGUCCGAUAUUUUAGGGAUCUUUCGAUCCGACAACGCCGACGUCCAUGAAAACGUCGCUGAAAAAUAGACUCCGCAUUCUUUUAAACCAUUUCGCGAUUAUCCCAAGUUCCCCAGUCCUCAAAAAAAAAAAAUUUAUGUUGGAGCUGAAGAAAAUUUGGUCAUUUCAGACACAGAAUUGUAGUUCCCGUCCUCAAAAAGGACGGCCAUUUCACGUUGUAUGUACAAAAAAAAUGUGAUGCGUGAUGCACGAGCAAAGUUGCUUUUUGGCUUAUUAAACCUAUUGCUCUUUGACGCUGCCGUUGCCGUUGCCGUCGCCGUCGCCGUCGCCGUCGCAGUUUCGUAAGGUCCCUUUUGCCUCUUUGACGGAGACGACGAAAACUAAUUUUUAAUUGGGCUGUGCCGGCGGCCCAAUAAUCAGACAGCAAAUAGACUUUGAUAUUUGUUACCAUUAGGAGUAUGCUCGGCUGCCAUCACGAUAUGAAGCCUUCGUCGACAAUAAGCCCGAGUGGAUAAACGACAAGCACUUUACUCAGCAACGCCUGGCAGGUCCCAAUCCCAUGUCGCUAAAGCGGGUGACAGUUCACGGACAAGGUAAACAAAGUGUAUCUUCAAAUCUCUUCUCAAAGGGUAAUUAAUUUUCUGCGUACAGGACGUUCAAACGAUGUGGGUACCCUAAAAGUUGCCUUUCAGUAGAGGGAUAGAGAUGGAAGAAUUUAAUCAUCAGACUGCACCGUUUUUAGGGAUAGAAAUGGAAAAAAUUUUAGGUACAGGAUAACCCCUUUUUGGGGUCAGACUGGACUCCUGAAAAAGCCUUUUUAAUCUUGAAAUGGGGCUACUUUAGCAAAAACUAAAUGGUAAAAAUUUUAGGUACAGGAUAACUCCUUUUUUGGGGUUAGACUUUACUUUUACAACAAAAGAGUUCUUUAAACUUUUUUGGAGUUAAAAUUAAAAAAUAACUUUAUAAGGAACGUAUUAUACAGGACAUCCUAUUUUAGCAAAAUAAAUGGUACUCGGAGACUUUUCAGUUAGGAGUUAGGUAUUGCAAUAAAUGGAAUGAUCGGGUUCUAUUUCUUUAAACUCGCUCAAUCGAUCUGACUCGGUUGUUGAAACAAAGAAGGAAUUCAAAAUUUAUCCGUCGUCUGUAAAAUCAGGUCAUGUUUGAUCGUUUCUCCAAGCAGGCAAGAUAGAUCCAUCUCAUCCGCUGGAGAACUCCCGCUUUUGUCCCACAACUGGAGAAAAAAAGAUCUGUUUAGUUCUGUUUACCAUCAUACACCCUUCAUUAAUCAAGCUUGACAGGUCAAAAUGGCAAGAUAUUGUCCUCGUUCUUCUUUUUUUGCAAAUUUCUUAUUGACCACAACUGGAUCGGUCCUUUAAAGACGCAAAAAACCGAGCUUGACCAAUAUCAAGGUUAUCGUAAUCUUAUUCGCAUGCACAAUAACACAUAUAUUAUAAUGUUACCUUAAUUUAUUUAUUUCGUGUAGUAAAGAGGCAAUGCACAGUAAAAACCACUGACGGAAGAUGGUGCCAUUUCCCGUUUACUUAUCGUGGUAAAGUCUAUCACAAGUGUACAACUAAAGACUAUCAUAGACGUUGGUGUUCAACGAGUCCGAAAUAUAUCUCCAAAAGUAAUUUUGGAAGAUGGGGAAACUGUCAAGGUAACAAAAGAAACGUUGUUAAUUGUUACUCUAUUUUUUAUUCGUUGCUACUCACUUUGUAUUUCAUAUCUCCCUCUUCUUUAGGUAAUGAAGAACAGGAAAUGGGUAAGUUCAAUUUGUUUAUUUUAUUAGUUAGUGGUAAGUGCUAAUAAAUAGAAUUACAAACCAAGCAGGUGUCCCAAAAUAAUCGUGUGCCUCAUUCUACUGAGCCAUACUGUUAGGGGCACCCAACGAAUGUUUUCUGUAAAAUAACUGUUCGGAAAAACAAACAUUGCCUUGAAUUUUCUAUUACCUGAGGAGGGCUAGAGACUGGCUAAAAGUUCUAGACGACCGUUCCAUUCAUGUAAAAUUUUCUAAGCUUAUCUAAUUAAUAAAUUCCCUACAAUUUUCUGAAGUUUAAUUUUCACAUUUCACUUCCCAAGUUAGGCUAUUUUUCGUACAAAAAGGGAAACCAAAAAUUUUCGGAUUAAAAAAUGUGAUGGAGAGAGGAAUCACAAAAUUUAUCACUUUCGUAAUACGUCAAAUUGCAUCUAAAAUUUUCGGGAAAAUAAUACUCAAGUGCUUGUAAUUUCGAAAAGAUUCAAGUUGCCCUAGGAUUACAAAACAGAUACAAAUUUUAUAGCGCUGCUUGGAAUGCAUUUCUAGAGAUCUAAACUGAAGUACUCUGGAUAGCCUAAAAAGUGUGUUCAAUGCAUUUAGGAGGAAACCGCCGUUUUGUGCCGCUGUACUGUGCUUCUUCCUUUUCAUCAAGUAUUUGUUGAUACUACCAAGUAUAUUAUUGGCUCAAAAAAUGUAGUACUCUAAAUAUUUCUAUUUUAUUCGAAAGCCAUGUUUGACAGGAAUUUGUUUGCCUACAAAUAAAAAAUGUUUAAUAUGUCUCUUAGUCACUGAAUGAGUUUUAUUAGUUUGCUGGGAAGGGCACUGACUCCUCUUCACCAAUUCAGCUUCAACAUAUGUUAUUCAGCAGGGACGGGCUGUUUGCAGGGUCCAAAUUAUUGAUCAAAAGAAUAUCACAAGAUAACUCGGACAAUUACUAGCCGGAAAAUCACUAACUGGGAUGUUACUUGCCAGAGUAUUACUACAGCUGUAAAACUACUAGUCAGGAGCAAAAGAGGAGCUAGCUCGCUCACUCUUGUCACGAGUUUGUCUGGAAAAGUAAUUAAAAGAAAAAAGGUUUAAAGGCUUGUUUAUAGUGGAAAGUGCACUUAGCUUAUCCAGCUAGUUUACAGGCACUCCACUCAAAUACUUAGAAACAAAUAAUUUAAACAUAACAUAACAGGAUUAAAAACCCUAACUGGCGGGAGGCAACCGGUUGUCUACUUACAAGCGUAGCUGAGGAUUUGAAGUCAGGAAGACAGAGAACCGAACCUGCGAACGAGGGAUUACGAGUCCAACGCGCUGACCACUCGGCCACGCUGCCUCCUUGUAGCCGCAACUUCAUUUAAGGUUAGGGUAUAUAUAUGAGACAAGCUGUGUUCCUCAAAGUCGUCCUCUUGGUCUCCAGACUUAACACGCUCUGCGCAUUUGACCCUUCUCCUCCCUUCCUCCGCCUCAGUUCAAUUCUUAAUGGUACUUUCAUCUUACGUUGGGUACCUUUUUCUCGAGCCUUCAACUUUGCCAUCUUACGUGGCCAAAAUUUUACCCAAGUACUUCGUUGUUGCUCAUUUCUUUAAGCGCUCUUGCAAACAAAGCUCGAGUGGAUGACCCCGAAAUUUAGGGUAUAAAAGGGGGCACAAUUAACAUAUCUUAUACGAAAGCCUUUUUCCCGUGCUUUCAGUCGGCGAGGACUGCAGUGUCAAGACCACAAAAGGUGAAUGGUGCCAUUUUCCAUUUACCUAUUAUGGAAAGAAAUAUACGAAGUGCACUAAAGAUGAUCACAUUCUACCGUGGUGCUCAACUACAAAAAACUACAGAGGCAAAUGGGGAAAUUGCAAAGGUAAACCCUCGCGGAAGACGCAUAUCUUUUCCCUAGGUUUGCGCUAAAAGAUGGCUCUCCAUUUACGUUUUUGCUAAUCUACCUAAACUUUUCACGUAUUAGCCAAAAAUGGUUUUAAAGUACCCUGAGGUUGUGACUUUGCUGAUACUUAACUUCUAACCUAGUCCCCUUAAAAAGUGUCAAAAAAAAAUUGUCCCUGUUUAAUUAUAAUUACAGUCAGUGGUGGAAAAAAAUCUGCCAAACUGUAGGUCGAUUUCACUUUUCGUGAUCGUGAUCAGUGGCUAUGCAAAUUUCUGCGAACAAAAAAACCCCUUCAGUUUACAUGAGAAAAGAGUUCAGUUGCCACUUGGAUUAUUUUUGACACUCGAUCUACUUGGUUCUAUUAUUGGUGAGCUAAGUAAAAUGUAAGGAAAUGAAAUUAAAUGAAAUAAAACAAAUUAAAAAUUAAACCGUUAUCCGUAAAUUAGCCAUCACCUCAUUGAGACAAAGACACUCUUCAACUGAUUUUGGUUUUGUUCUUUGCAGGGAAAGAAGAGAAGAGAGGAGAGCAGCGUGGUAGGUACACUAAACGGUUGCGAUCGAUCCAAAACUCGCGCCAAAACCUGAUCGCUCAUUCUUGGAGUUCCAGGAGCAAUUUAAACUUGCCAGGAUUUACAAGUUACCAAGGCCGGAAUUCUUACCUAAACAGAUUUAAAGGCAUUUGAAUUCCUUGCUUUUGAAAUUAUAUUUGUUUGAGUUCUCACUUCAUCGUUUUAUAUUACCACAACGUUUGUAUUGCAAUCGUUUGAGAUAUUAAAAAUAUAUAAAAGCACUGAAGAUACUGCUGAUACUUCGGUCUUAUAAAAAAUGACCCGGUGGAUCAGAAGCCCGAUUCAACUAGUCCGCAUAGAUCACUGAAUCGUAAAAACUUCGAUUCAGCUUAACAUUUUUGAACUUUAUCUGCCAGCUAAAUUUUAAUGGCAAACACUCGAACGCAGUAACUAAUCUUCGAUUACUUCUACUUACUAGCUACUUUAAAAGAAAAAAAGAUAUUUUAUGCGUUACCUUACCAUUGUAGUCUUAUCCUUAUUAGGACCAAUAGGACUUGAUUGGAAGGAACUAAAGGCAACAUUGAAUCCCACCUUUGAAUGGCAAAAAGCCGUUCAAGCAGCUCUGGAUACAGACGACUCUUUAGAAUCGGUAUGGAUAGUCCUAAUACUUUGAGAUUAAUAAUAAUAAUAAUAAUAAUAAUAAUAAUAAUAAUAAUAAUAAUAAUAAUAAUAAUUUUAUUUAUAAUUUGCAAUUUCAUUUCCUACACUGGAUGGAAUUUUACUUUAUGGAAAAGUUUAACUAGAUAACAUUUGACGACUGGAAAUGUAGUACUGGCUCAAAUGAUCGUCUAAGCAAUACUGCGCAAAUAGGAAGUUGAUCAACAAUGCAAGUAGACAAUUAAUACAAAUGAAAUUAAAUCAUUUUGUUAAAUCUGGUGAAACGUAACGACUGCUCCCACUUUAUCGAUAAAAUACAAUAAACUAGAAAUACGUGUAUCGCAGAACCUCGCGAGGCUCGGGGGUGGGGGGGCGGCCUAUAAAAUGUCAGGUGUGGGAAGGGGGAGAGAAUUGGAGCAAAUUGUGUAGCUUGGAAGGGCGGGUUUCAACACUGGCUCUAAUACUGGAAGGUGAGAUGUAGUUAAUCUCCUUUUUGUUAGGGUAAAUUUGAACCCAGUGCUCUUUCGUUAAAAAAGGAUUUUCUUGAAGUGAACUACAGCAAUGACACUGUUUACACUUGUUGUAGUACAUAAGCACAAUUGACAACUAAUAACAAUUGACAACUAAUAACUACUGCUUGCAACAGUAAGGUACAAAUCUUAUAAUCGCUUACACUAAAAUAGAAAUUACAUGUAGCAAUGUCUCCAUGAUUAAGGAUGCAGUUGAGGAGAAUUAUGAAAGUGAUCAAGACUCAUGAUGAUUACUCUUAUGCGGUACCCUCAUUAGCAACGAGUCAUCUCUGUAAAAAGGACCAAAUCAUUUAUAAAAGUGUUCAUAGUUAUUUGUGUACAUGCGUGAGAAACAAAUACCCAUGGAGGAGUGAAUUUGUAGGAAAUGUCCACAUACAAGUCAGCUUCUGCCAAUGGAACAUGUUUAGCUUCAGUGAAUAUGCAGGAAUAUGUCAACUCCCUCUGACUUUUUUGAAAGAGUUAAAUUUUCCCUGACUAAUCCUGAAAAUCCUUGACUUGUUAAAUUGUCCCGUAAGGGGAAAAGAAUUUAUUUUCCUGGCAUGGUAACACAUGUCACACACUGAUAUUGAGAGGAGAUUCGAAAUACCGAUGUUCCUUUGGAAUAUUAAAUAGGAUCGACAAUAGGAGGCCAGCGCUAUGUUUGACUUAAAUCACAGCUGUGUUUAUGUAUAAGGCUGCUAAACAUAGAUUCACAUUUUACUUAGGAUAGUUUUAGGGAAGUAAAUGUAACGAAAAUUGUAAACGAAAAUGAUUUUAACAAAUGUAACGCUUCCCUACAUGUCACACAUAUUCAUUGUUCUAAAAUAAAGCUUACUGUAAAACCCAUCGUUGCUCAUGGUUUAAAGACUGAUCGGCUGUCUUCAGUCCGUUGGAAAGGUAUUCUUGACGUGCAUUGUACAGAUCGUGUAACUCUUGCUGCCUAUCGUUGAUUGUAAACUUCAAGCGUUGCCUGAUCUCCUCAUCGCUUUUUGAAGCGUUGGCACUCCGUGUUCCCUCUCUUCACCGGUUUGUUUGCAGUGUAAUUGUAGUAUUUUGUCGCUACCUCUGUACAUGUUUGUGGUCGCGGUGUUGACGACGUUGCCUUCGCGGUGCUAAGCGAUGUUCUCUCUGCUUCGCGCUUUGUUGUUGUCGUCGUCUACUCCGCUCGCGAUAGAUUUAAUCAGCGUUCUUCAGAGGAGUUACGGUGGAAAAUCUUCGCCGUGGAGGAUUUCCCGCCACCUCUGAGUGCUGUGCUUGCUGUUCUGUGCCAGGGAAAUUGUUCGUGAUUCACCGAUCGUAAACGUUUUUUCGCAGACGAUGAAUAAACACAUCAGCCCUUAUGGUCAUGUUGCAUUGCCUAGUAAGAAAAAAUGCGCCGUGACGUCAAACUACUGUAUGAGGUCAUGGCGGCCACCAUCGGAUAUAUUACUACAAGUAUAGAUGUGCGCUGCGAGUUUGCAGCUCCCUUUGAUCCACGCACUGUCCACGCACUGCGUGCCUUUCUUAAUUUAAUUUUAUUCCUAUUUUCCCAUUUAUUACUAACAUUAUUAUUAUUAUUCAUUCUUUGUUCCAUUUUGUAAAUUAAAUAGGAAGAGCUACGUAGUGGAGUUGUAAUAAAGAUACUGUACUGUACUUCGCGCGCUACGAGAUUAUAAACUCUCUUUGCGAAGCGCUUCGUGCCUCGCUUCGCUCGGAAUAAAUAAAUAAAUAAAUAAAAACUAAACAUCCCACCUUGUAUCGAAGGAAUAAACCGAUCGAUUUCAUUUGCGCCCUUUAAAUAGCCAUAGUUGCAUCAAGGCUACAUAGAAAACUCCGCGCCUGUUCAUUAUCAAACAAUACAUAACCUAAUAAGCCUUGUGUUGCAUGACAAAUUAAAAACGUGGGAGAAUAAUAUAUAAUUACUCUGCUUGUAUUUAGCUAUAGGCGUAAAAGACAGUCACUUUUUUGCUGCUUGACCAGAGUGGGCUUAUUUCCAGCCAGGCAGUUGCACUAGGUAUUUAUUUCGUUCAAGAAAUUCGAACGACGGUUCCACUUUUUUGCUUUGCAGGCUAUAGAUCAGGGCCGCAUUUACGCUCUACGAUAUGAGAUGUGUGACGACAUGGCAAGAUCACCAGAUCUUACUGAUAGAGAUCCUCGAAGAAAAAUGUGGAACUUUCUGUCUCCUAUCGCCUUGUUUGCGUCUAAGGGGAAUAAAUACGGCAAAAAUGAGCUUGUUCCUGUGGCCAUUCAAAUGGAUUAUAAACCAGGUAAAAUGCUAAAUACAUGUGACUGAUUGAGAAUGCCAAAGUACAUAACAAGAGCUAGAAAAUAGCUCAUUCUCUGUUGCACAUAACUAAAUGUAAUUGGUAGAUAUCUGCCAAAAUUGUCCUUCAAUACGGGGAACAGAUACGUUAACACGGUAUUUUACAUCAGUUUUACAAUUGGUUUGCGAAACUAGUCUUAACGAGGCUAAAUCACUGACGUUUUACAAAGUUACAUUCAUUUAAUAUAUUUAUGUAGUUGAAAUUGCAGCGCAUGCAGGUUUACUACGUAAUAAAUGAUGGGUUUGGCUUAGUGCUCAGAGGCCAGGAGAGCUACCUGUUAUACCAGUUUUCGGAAGGCUUCCCAGCCAUCUUUAUUAUCUAUCUCUUUUGAAUAGGAAACUCAAACAUUAAACUCUAAACCUUUAUUUCACUUAAAACAAUAUCACUCUAUUACUUUCUUCCAAUAGAUUUUAUUUUAGUUUUCAAGGACCAGUUAGUGAAUGUCUUUCGAAAAACAAGGAUAAACAGGACCUAAAAAUUAGACUUGGGAAGAUACAGUUCCACAAAGUCGAAAAAUCUUAAUAACAACUGUACGCAAAUUUGCCACACGAAACCAUAUGUUCGUCAGGUUCUACACAUCUCUUUUGAACUUGGCACCUUUAUUGAUUUUAAGGCAUGUUUUCCAGCAAUGUGGAUCUAUGUUGAAAGCCAAAAACGUAGAAGGGUCUAAUAGACUCAAGUACAUCUUCAUUAUCUGUUUAGCAAUGUGACAGCAUGCCAGUGGGGUCAACUUAUGUAGUAAUACCUCAAGUGGUUUUAAAGGCCUGGGUCAAAGAUGUGUUCUGAGCAUAUGAACAAUUGGCAAUGUCUCUCGCUUGGAGACCUAGAACAAAAUGAACUUUUCCCAAGAGUAAAUCUUGAGGAUUUUUUGUGCCUUAACGUUGAUUUAUGGUCACGUGACCAAAAAUUAAAAAUGAAGGAAAUUAGCGAAUUGGUGGCGAAUUUACUUCGUUUCAAUAAAAAAAAUUGGUAUUUCUGAAAGAGAAUAAACAUACCUAACUUUCUACGUUUGGAAUGAAUGUACGCGAAGUUUAAAAUGGAAGUUUUAAAUUAUUCAAGAUUAAAAUUUGGGCAUUUAAAAUGAUGUUUUCCCUCAUAAUUUAUUAUUGAAGUGCACUGGACGGUCAUUCCAAACGUGAAGUGUUAGAAAUAUUUAAUAUGAAUUAGAACUAUUUUUUUCCCGAUUUCUUUUCUUAAACCGGCCACCAAUUCGUCAAUAGUUUACGAUUUUCAGCAAAAUGUUCACGUGACAUAUCACGUGACUUAUUAACGCAAUGUUUACACUUUAAAAUGUUAAGGACGAUGAGUUCUUUAUGUGUGUCAAAUUUUGGUUUAGCGUUAUCAUCUAUGCCAAAGUUACAGCCAAUAAUUCAUUUUCGACAAGUAAACGCCUUAGUCCCAAGCUUUAAACUACUUGAGACUGUUUUCUUCAGAUUCUGCGGUGUACACUCCUGAAGAUGGCGGCAACUGGAUGCUGGCUAAGCUCAAUGUCCAAAUCACAGAUCUCGGCUACGCACAAAUCGUGGAGCACCUCGCAAAGGUGAUGAUAUUAAUAUUAAAGUGCUGUACAUAUUUCAUAUAUGUCUUUUCUUAAGACUCUUCAAAUAAUGAUAAUGAUAAUGAUAAUAAUAAACGCUAUCUUUCUUGAAAUUUUUCUUUUCAAGACUCACUAUCUGAUGGAGCCAUUUUGUGUUAUACUAAAACGGACCUUUUCAUCCCAGCAUCCUCUGCAUCAAAUGCUGAAGUUUCAUUGCAGGGAAAUAACUGUCCCAAACACAUUUGGAACUCCAACGCUUGUAAACGAGGCAGCGUUUAUGGAUUUGCUCUUUGCGUAUGGCAAUACCGGCACCACAAGACUUCUGAAAGACUCUCAUAAAGUAGCCACGUGGGAGGUGACAAAUUUGAAUGAAGAAGUAAAGGUUUGUUGUCAUGCUAUCUUACUUUCUUUGGUCAUCAAAAAGAGCUGUGACACGAAUCUAGCCAAAUUCAGACAGUGGAAGCUUUAAAGGAGCUGUGUCACGAAAUUCAGCCAAAUUAGGUAAUUCCAAAGUUCCACUUUAAAUUAAGAGAAACAUAAAAAUAACCGCUUAAAACGUUAAAGGAAGGGAAAAAUAACACAACAGAUACAACCGGAUGUCACGUAUGGGCAAAACUGAAGAAGACUGAAACGGAUUUAAAUUAGAGUUUUUGAAAACUGUUCAGUCUAACAUUUUUUCAAAGUUGAUCUCCACUGACUGUAUGCAACUUCAAAAAUAAUGCUCAGGAGACAUAUUGGUUUGUCUCGAAUCUCUGAUUUUGUCGUUUACAUGAAAUUUCUUUGCUUACUUAAAGUUUCAAAGCGAUGAAGGGCGAGUAAUUAGCAAAAUUAAACAAAAUGAACUGGACUGCCGUGACAAACACAAAAAGAGAAAAAAAUGAGGAAGGGAUUACAAUCGAAAUUUUAGAAAACUAGUUUUCCUCACUCUACACAGUAAUUAUUAAGGAGUUAUAAUAACUCCUCUAGUGGGGUUAGUCUAACUCCUUACAGUGGAGUUAUUUUUUGGGGAGUUAUUUUAACUCCAAAAAGGAGUUUAAAGAACUCUUUUUCAGGAGUAAAAAUGACCCCAGAUAUUGAGGAGGUAAAAUAAGCCCCAAAAAGGAGUUAUCUUGUAUGUAAAAUUUUUACUCCACUUUCAGAGCGAAAUUAAGUCCAAAAGGAGUAAAAAUAACCCAUAAAAGGAGUAAAAAUAACCCCUUUUUCGGAGUUAUUUUAACUCCAGACUGGGAGUAAAAAGAACUCUUUUUCCGGAGUAAAAAUGACCCCGAAUUUGGAGUAACCCCAAAAAGGGGUAAUCCUGCACCUAAAAGUUUUAGUCCAUUUUUGGAGUUCUAAUAACUCCCUAAACAUUACGGUGUACCAGUUUGUUUUUUUUUUUAUCUCUGUUGUUUAUAAGUGUAAAUAAACAAUUAUAAUGCUUGGGCGACAAAUUUGUUUGUCAGGAAGGUGUGAUUUUGUCUUUUACAAAUAAUUUCUUCGUUGAAGGUACGUUCCGAAGUGAGUUAAGGGGGAGUAAUAGGGGAGACUAAAUUAGACUGCUGUGAAAAAGCUCCUUUAGAUGAUAACAUUAAUCCAUGCAGUUAUAUCAGCUAUUUCUAACAUCUCUUGACACCUAAAUCAGAGCUUGAUACUUGCCUCAGAAGCACCAAAAUUUCCACUUUUUUAUGACAUCUUUUUGUCAUAACAUGCUUUAUGACUAAAACGUGGACUACCUUGGCUAAUUAGUGCCGAUGAGAUUAAGGUCCAUGGCCUAAAACUAUUGCCAAACAUUAAAUUUAUGUGGGGAAUCGAUCCGCAUUUAGAUGAAACUGUGCAUAGCUUAUGGAUAUGAAUGGUUCGCUGAUUCAGUCAGCGACAUGAAACUUCAACCCCUGGCAUCAAAAAAGGAACGCUACCUUUUUAUUUGUAAGAACUUCCGUCCAUGAAGGAUUUAGUCUUCACUAUAAACUUUCUCUCUGCCCGCAGAACAGAGUUUUGAUUA